AUGAGAGGAGCUCUCUCCUCUCUCCUCCUCCUGUGCUCGCUGCUAGGUCGGUGGAUCGCAAGGGCCGCCGUCGCUUUCUUCGAGGCGAGCUGGAGGAAUCAAAAAGUCGGUGUCGGCCUCUAUAAUCCGGACUGUUCCAAGUAUAAGGAGAUCUCAAUGGCUAAUAGCCUCCGCCUCCCCGCUGUCGGGGUUCCGUUACCGGCAAAAAACGCUCGGAGGGUGGAAAGGCACAGGCGGCAAUGCUUGCAGAAACGUUUGAGGCCGUCGCCUUUUUCGGAUAUGGAAGACCAGGAGGAACGCCCAAUCAAGAGACUGCGGCGCGAAUUAUCUGCCUUAUGGCGUUUCUGGCUUCCUCAUUCUUUCGAAAUGGAGGAAGAUGAACCUGGAAGAGCCCUGUUCGCGGGGGAGAAAACAGAGGAUAGGAUCGAGCUUCCUGAAUCUCAGGGUGAAAUAGAUCGAUCAAUUCCCUUCGGGGAGGGGUGUUGCCCCGUGAAAUUGAGAUUGGAAAAUGAUGAUCUCGAUUAG